GUCAUCAGAAAUUAAGAAGCGGACUUAACCCAACCUUCCUUCUUCUCUUUAUUCAUCAGCCACGUCAUCCACUUUUGCUCUUUGACUUCUGCUACGUUGUCCGGAGACAAACACCGGACCGGCUACACUUUCGGAUCCGCUCCGGCGGCCAUUUCAUGGCUUCUUCUGCGUUCGCAUCGCCGCUCUCGCUCUCUCAAAUUACAAAAGACGCAGGUACUUUUCCUCCAUUACUCCGUCUCCGUCUCCGUCUCCGCCGCAUCCAUGCUCGGCCUCCGCCUCCCCUCCAUGGACGGCCUCCGCCUCCACUCCUCCUCCCCGCUCCCCGACGACGGGUGCCGCCGCGCCGGUGUCUCCCGACGGAUUCUCGCCGUCCGAGCCUCCGCCGCCGCUCCUCGCAGACAGGCCGAUCCCAAAAAACAGGUGGUCGUCACAGGGAUGGGACUCGUCUCUGUGUUCGGCUACGACAUCGAAACCUAUUACGAGAAGCUGCUCCAAGGGGAGAGCGGGAUCAGGCUCAUCGACCGAUUCGACGCCUCCAAGCUCCCCACCAGGUUCGCCGGACAGAUCAGGGGGUUCUCUUCGGAGGGGUACAUCGAUGGGAAGAACGAUCGACGGAUGGAUGACUGUUUGAGGUAUUGCCUGGUUAGUGGCAAGAAGGUCCUUGAAAGCGCCGGCCUCGGAGUUGGGAGCGAAGCUCUUAGCAAGAUCUGCCUCUCUUUCGUCGUUUGCUUCUGUGGCACAUGAAUAACAUCUCUUGGUUCGUUUUCUCCGAUGCGACCCUUUCCAGUACUGCUCCGGCAUCAAGAUCUCCCUUCCGGUAUCAGUCAUUCCUCCUCCUUCUGGAGACUCUUCCUCCCUGUCCGACGACCUCUAUUCUGGCACCUCAUCCUUCGUUGUUGAUUCCCAAAAGCCUAGCGAAGAUCACCGUACGCUACUCCCUGUUAUGACUCAGCAGUCAGCUGUCAUCUCUGCCGAUUUGAAACCUCUACACGGUUCUUCCAAGGCAUUCCUUUGCUGCUUCAGCCCAGAAUCAGCCGUCUUUUGUUUUCCAAAAUUCCUCCACUGGCUGAGAUAGAUUUUUCACAUUCGACAAAUGUGGCUUCUUACUUUAGCAUGAAGACCAACGACAUACAAAUUCUGUCUCUGAAUCUAUUUCUACCACCACCAAAUGUCUUGCCACCAAUUCCCUUCUGUCUCACCCCAAGUUUUGGUCUGCAGCCUGCGCUGGUUCAUGAGAUCCAUGGCAGCCAUCACAGCUAUGGCGCCAAAUUUGUGCAUUGCUGGAAUAUAUCCAACUAGCGGCUCUUAGGUUUGAUAGCAGUCGUUCCUUGCCACUAUCUAAGGAAUGUGUAUUUAUUUAUCGGCAAUUUUCCAAAGGGCGCACUCAAAGUUUGAGAUUAUCAAAAGGCACCCCGAGAUUUGAAAAUAUCCGAAAGGCGCAUAUCUUUCCCAUUUGACCCUCUACCAAAGUUGACUUUUUCUUCUCUUUCUUAUCUGCAUCUUUUUCUCUCUUUUAUUUUCUCUUAAAUUAAAUUAAACUUAACUUUUUUUCUCUCCUUGUUUAAAAACCAACACCAUAGUUUAAUUACACCAGCACCGUUGUGGUGUACCAUUGUGGUGUUGGCUUUUUAAAAACCAACACUACUAUGGUGGUGGUUUCUAAAAAUCAACAUAUGAUAGUGCUGGUUUUAGUGCCACAUGGUGUAAGUACCCCGUGGUAGUUUGAUGUGAUCAACCAAGUCAAGUUAGGUUAUGUUGGUAUUUAACCUCUAUGUCUAAGUGUGUAGGAACUUAGGAGUACAAGAAGUCGAACGAAAGACGCAGAUAGCAAGAAAUUCACGGAAGAGAGCCGAUGGGCUUGGUGCGUCUGAGGGACGAGGUGUUGUAGAAGAGUAUGUGGACGGACGAGAAGGAGACGCGCGGCGUUUCUGAGGGACGAGAAGCCGGAGCGGAAGAUUGCUCAAGAAAGCCGGAAGUUGGGUUCGGGUGAGCCCUAUUCUGGAUGACCGAGAUCACCCAAGCGAGCGGAGUUGAAGCGGAAGACCCGGACCAAUGCGAGCGGAAGCGGAAGACCGGGACCGAAAAUCAACAAAAAGUUGAUUUUUGGUCUGGGGUGCCCCGACCAAGUCCGGGGCACCCGGAACCCUUCCGGGGACCCGAACCUAAAAAAUUAGCCAAACGCGACGUGGCGCCUUGCGUUGCGACGGGGAUAAAGUUUUAUCCUUUUAGAGACGCCUAGAACCCUUCCAGGCGCCUCAACCAAUGCUAUAAAUAUAACUCUGGUCUUAGAAGCUAAAACAGAACACUUGUAAUCAAUUCCUUUCUUGUUUAGCUUUGUAAUUGUGUGCUUCUACGUUGUAAGAGGCUACUCCGACCAGAGGAGAAUCUUAGUGCGCUUUUCAAGGUCUUGUAUUAGCAAUCCCCUGAUUGCAAACCAAGUAAAUUCGGUGCCUCUUUUUCUUAAUUAGUUUCUUAAUUCCUUUUAUGCAAGUGUUAGUUUUAAUUACAUUGUAAAGUCCGAGAUAGGUGUCUUUGUAUUUGCAGGGCAAUUCAUCCCUCUCUUGAUCGGUCGCCAAGGGACCAACAAGUGAUGUCAGAAGGACUAACCGCCGACCGAAGCAAAAUCAAUGGUCGGACCAAGCCUUGUCCCACUAAAGUUUGAGGACGAGUUCGCGCAUUGGAAACGCCGAAUGAAGGUAUUUCUAAAAACCGAUUUUGAAAUUCUUUUAAUUAUUAAAUACGGUUUUAUAGUUCUAAAAGAUCAACAAUGCGUAGAGAAAGAUGAGCAUCUUUGGACAAAGAAGGAACAAAGUGAUUUCAUCGCCAACAACAGAGUAAAAUAUCACAUGCUGAGUGUGUUGUCUCCUCAAGAAGUCAACCACAUCGGAAGCUACUCGUCGGCCAUAGAACUCUGGGAGAAAUUCCUAAAACUUCACGAAGGCACAUCCGAAAUGAAGCUCGCACGAUGAGACCUUUUUCGAAAUCAACUAACAAACGUACGUCUGGAAAAAGGUGAGAAGGCAGCCCAACUACACGCGAAGAUCAAGGAACUGAUCACCGGACUGGUCAACCUCAGCGAAACGGUAACCAAUCAGGAAAUCGGUACGCUACGCGCUUAACGCCUUUCCCAGGAUUCCAAAAUGGACCUUAAUAAUCGACGCCUACUACAUCUCGAAGGACUUGGAGAUAAGUACAUUAUAAUUGUUUUCAAUUUUAGAAUUACAUGAAUCUAAAUAUGCAGGAUUAAGUAAAGAGUCAAGUCAGAACCUUGCACUAAGAGCCACUAAGAAGGACUAACCCGAGUCAGGUAAGGAAGUUUAGGAAAUUUUUUAGAUCUAAGAAAUUUAAAGAAAUGUAGAACAGAAAAACUCCAAGAAAUAGGAGAAAAGUUCGAUGCUACCGGUGUCAAAAGGAAGGACACAUAAAAAAGGACUGCUUGGAGCUCAAAAA